AUGGUGGACGCGAAGCCCAGUGCUUCUCUUUUCAAAAAUGAAUGUCAGACUGCAGACCACUGUGUCCUAACCCCUUGCGUUAAGGAAACCUGCCUUGCUCCAUCUUGUAUAGGUGGCGGUGACUGUAUUUUGACACCUUCUGAAGACAGCUGGUGCAUUUGUGUCAAUAACGUCUCUGCUGCAUCGUGUGGAGAAUGCUCGCCUGCCACUGAGCACCGAGAUGCUUGUGUUCAAACUUCAAAAAGUUCGCCCCUGUGGAUCGUUGCUCUUGUACUUCCUGUAACCUUCAUCGUGCUAAUCUUGAUUCUUUGCUUUGUCCUGAAGAGACAAGGGAAACACGGAAGCCACGCCUGCCGUACACCACCCACCAAACAGCUUGGCACGGACAAUGUGGUUUUCAGUCUGGACCAUGGUGACCGUAGUCAUCAGGACAUUAGCAGUGAGAGCAGCAAGCAGCCAGAUCUGAUAGUGGCAGGGGAACUGUUGCGAAGAGUUGAGAAUUAUAAUCAUAGCCAUCGAACAGGGUUUAGAAGAAGCGAGCUGGAGUACUAUGAGAUUGAUAGUACAUACACAACCUGCUGCUCUAACAUAGAGCUCCUGCAAAAAGACAUAGAUGGUCAUUGCAAUAACUCUAAUAAUUUACCAUCAUGGGGGAAAGGAAAAGCUUCACAAAAGGUGAACACUACUGGCCUUGAAUCCUCUGAUGUAAGACAUUAUAAAUCUCAUCUUAAGAGAAGUGUUGGUUGUAAUGUGGACCGUCGGUGCAGGGACCAUCGACUCCAUCUCCUCUACAAGAAAAAACUUCCUGAGCUAGCCGAGGACCCUCGUUUUCUCUCGGAAGAUGAGGUUAAGAGGCUGAGCAGCCUGCUAGAUCAGGCCUCCUGUCCUUCCCAGGCAUGCACUGGACUGCCCACUAAUUUACCCAGAGCCUUCAGCUCUGCCAGGAUGGCGGAGAACUCAUCAGAGAGUCACAGCUCUUUCACAUGCUCUGAGUAUGAGUGCGAGAAUGAACUCCACUUGAUCAGUGCACAGGACAACAGGCGUGGCCCUGAGACUGAAGACUGGUCCAGAGGACAGCUCGUACUGGCCAUCCCAUCACCUUUUAGAGACAUCGAGACCCCUUCAAAUACAACAUCCCCUGGAUCUAUCCAGCAGGGGAGGGGCCUCCUUAAUUUAGGGGUCGGCUUUAAUACCUACUCAGAUGUUUUUGAGGACAUAGCAAACCUAACUGUCAUUCCAGAUUGUGACUGCAACACUCACAGUGAUGAAGAACAGAUUAUUUGA